CGCUGGCUUCUGGAGUGACAGUACACGCCCUGUGCUCCCGUCUCAUUCGAAACCUCGUCCACUUCGUUGUGUUUCUGGAAUAUAUCUUCCUCUGACACUGAAGCUUCUGAACAGGAAAGUGCCGUUCUCAAAGUGCUAACUGAGUCGGCCAUGGAAUAUGCGGACUCGGUUAAAGCUGCCUUGGGAAAUACUCGUAAAUGAAUUCGGUUUGUUCUGUGAUGACCAAGUGUGGCUGAGCUACACUUUCUCAUAAUUGGAUGAUUUUAGGAUUCUGGCAACGAUAGAAGAACACUCUGACAAAACAAAAAACGUAACGUGAAGAAAUAAACUCUUUAAAGUGAGUGAGGUUGGUAUAACUAAUUGUUGGUAUAAAAUAAGAGCAAAUAGGAAAAACAGAACUGACAUUUACCACAGUUUCUAGAUCCCUUCAACACAUAGUGAGCAAAGAUAAGAAAAAAAAACUCAAUAUCCAAAAGAAAGAAGGCAUUUAAGAGAACGAGAGAGGGAAAUCUGCUGUGUACUGAAGAUAGUGAUAUUGUGUCGAGAGUCGUGAUGGUCAGAAAAACACAAGCGAGGCUCUCCUUGCUACCUUUAAAGUGCUAGGUGUCUCACAUCACCCUGGAUAUAAAGUAAGAAAUUAUAGUUUGGGGAAUUUAUAUACAUAUAUACAAACCUAUACCUCCCGAAACGAAACACUAAGCUCAUCAUGAACAUGGAGGCUUUCUUAUUAACGGAUAUUUAACCGAGAGAGAGACUCUUUGACGUCCUCUCCGUGUCUGGAAGGAAGAACAGAAAUUCGAGCCACCGAGAAACAUUGCUAGACUUCUUGGAGAGUCCGGAGAAGCUCGACCAAGUUGUGCUCAUUUUGCCCUUUACGAUGACUUCUCGGUCGGCCAUGGCAGCAUGUGGAAGAGGUGGAGCAGGAAUAUCCGUCUGCUUACUGCUUCUGCUGGUGCCGCUUCAGUCUCCCCUCGCCCAAGCGCAGUAUACCGACUCCCCCCCCCUCUCCACAGAAUCGGGUGCGUGGGUCGGCGUCGAGAACAACACGGUCGUGAACGUGAAGGCGCAGCUCGGAUUUACUGCUUUCCUGCCCUGCUCCGUACGCAUGAUUGGGGACAAGCAGAUAUCAUGGAUCCGUCGUCGUGACUGGCAUGUCCUUACCUCCGGCGUUUUUACGUACACGAACGACGAACGAUUCUCCAUCACGCACCGAGAUGGCGCUGAUGACUGGACGCUCUCCAUCAGGUACCUUCAGGCCAGAGACAACGGAACUUACGAAUGCCAGAUUUCGACCGGAACCGGGAUCGUCAGCCAGUUUGUGAACCUGAAUGUGAUCGUUCCAGAGGCAUUCAUCCUUGGCAACAGUGAAUACCACGUGGAAACUGGAUCCCCCAUCAACCUAUACUGUAUUAUUGAACAGACACCAAUCCCGCCCCACGUCGUGUACUGGAAACACAACGACCGACUCCUGAACUACGACACGGAGCGCGGGGGCGUGAGCGUGACCAUCGAACACGGCGCCAAGACAUCGUCCCGACUCGUCAUCUCCGGCGCCACCACCAAGGACGAGGGAAACUACACGUGCGAGGCCCCGAAGACGCUGCCCGCCUACGUCUACGUCUUCGUCAGGAAAGGAGACUUGACAGCUGCAAUUCUACGCAGAACCUCUGGAUCUGCCGGGAUCGUGGGUCUGCAAGGAUGGCUGUGGAUUGGUAUUCCAGCUCUCACUUUACUGUGGAGGGAAACUCUGCAUCUCUGUCAGCUGUUAUAGUUCGUUUCUGUUUGACUUUUCUUUUUCUUCCUCAUCAACAUCAACUUCAUGGUGAUAAUUUUUUGUUUUGUUUUCUAAUUCGUGAAAAAGGUCAAGUCAUUAGCCGAGGUUUAUAAACGACAAAUUACAAGAUAAUUGUGUGAAGUAUGGAUUGCCAAGACGUCCUUUCAAGACACUUCAAAAUAUGUCCUUAAUACAGUUCGCUGUGGUCCAGCUGUCCAGGAAAUGAAAGUCGGGCAUGUGCAAAGUAAUUUUGUUCUAUGGGAGGGGAUAUGUGGAAAAAGUGCUUAUUGCGUUUUAAACAUGUUCCUAAGGAGAACGGAUUAGCAAUAUAAUUGUAAAGAGAGAGUGAGUCGGUGGGUGGGUUGCGCA